AUCAAUGUCAGAGUUCCAGCGAAAACUAUUCAAAGUUGAGACUCCCGGAAGGGGUGCGGAAAGCCUCGCGAGCUCUACCCCGGACGUGGCAAAGGAAGCCUACUUUCAGGUAAAUGAGGUAUACGAAGAUCCACAGACUCGCAUCCGGUUUCAAACUUUCUACACGCCUCCAUCGGGUAACGGGCCAUUGUACGUCUUCCACCAUGGGGCCGGCUCCUCCGCGAUGUCGUUUGCCCUUUUAGCUAGGGAACUUCGCGAGCGAUGGAGAGACGAUUCAACGCCGAUUGAAUGCGGUGUAUUCGCCUUUGACAUGCGUGGACAUGGUCUUACACACGGCGGUGAGUCCUUGGACUACUCGCUUGCCCGUCUAGUUGCAGACUUUUCGUUCGUAACAAAAGAACUCUUCCGCCGUCACUUCAACGAUACGGCCCAUCCGUCAACCUUCCUCGUGGGCCACUCCUUGGGGGGAGCAAUAUUAACCAAUGCAGUUUCCGCAAACCGGCUCGCACCGCUCAAGGUUACCGGUUUGGUCAUGCUCGAUAUCGUGGAAGAAACGGCUAUACGAUCCCUCUCGGUCAUGCCACUGUACCUCAAGACCAGGCCCAAGCAGUUUGCAUCACUUGAUAUGGCAAUAAAGUGGCACUUACGGACCAAUCUCCUCCACAAUUUCCGGUCGGCGCAGAUAUCUGUGCCGGCCAUAUUGUCUCGCGACGCUUCGGAGGGGUACUGCUGGCGGACCCGGUUGGAAGACACGGAGCCCUACUGGUCCUCUUGGUUCCAAGGGUUGUCCUCCCGGUUUGUUGCACAGACUCCCUCGCUGGCGAAGCUUUUGAUCCUCGCCGGCCAGGAUAAAUUGGACAAGGAGCUCAUGAUAGGGCAGAUGCAGGGUAAGUAUCAGUUGGUGGUGUUUCAGGACUCGGGACACUUUAUCCAGGAAGACUGUGUGUCCAAGACUGCCAUCACGUUGGUGGAAUUCAGCAAGCGCAAUGACUUGUUGGGGUUUAUGGACCAAAAAGGACCGGUAAUAAAGGCGCUCUGGGGAAAGGUCAACUCUAUUUGAGGUCUCCGGAUUUUGUUUUUAGUGGAAUGAAUUACAACUGAAUGAAUUACAACAAGGCGG